GUAUUUUUUUAUUAGUCACCACCUCUGGCUGCAAAUGAUGUGGCUGCGGGGACACGUCCUGCAACCUUACUGCCAGAUUCUCCGUUAGACCAUAAAACUUCUCAGAAGUUCCAUUCCACAAUGUUACGCGUUAUUGUGGAGUCUGCUAAAGGACUUCCAAAAAAGAAAAUUGGAAAUCCGGACCCCAUAACUACAAUUGUUUUUAGAGAUGAGAAGAAAAAGACCAAAUCUAUCAACAGUGAAGUAAAUCCAGUUUGGAAUGAAGCCCUUGAAUUUGACUUGAAAGGUUCAGCACUAGAUUCAUCAUCCUUUUUAGAUGUGAUUGUGAAAGACUACGAGACAAUUGGGAAAGACAGGCCGAUUGGCUCUGCAAAAAUCGCACUGAAAGAUCUGGCAACUGGUCAAGCCAAGUCUCUCCCGUCGAGAAAUUUGGUACUUGUCAAUGAAAAAAAUCAGGAUAUUGGGGCUACCAUCAAUUUAGUAAUUGGAUACGAGCCACCGGCUAACGCCCCACCUAAUCCAAAUGAGAUGCAAGUCAAUAGUGAUGCCGCUGCAAAUGGUGGAGAUGGAGGCGAUGGUGGAGAUGAGAGCAAUACCGAUGGGGGACAGGUGACGUCUCCUGGGGGAGACCCUUCUCCUGGCCAGCCUGGGAUAUCACCCCAGAAGAUCGUGAAUAGGGCCAGGAAUAGACAUCGACCUUUGUCCAACAAACCUCAGGACUUUCAGAUCCGUGUCCGAAUUAUUGAGUGUCGUCAAUUGCCUGGAAACAACAUAAAACCAGUGGUUAAGGUGUAUGUCUGUGGACAGACACAUAGAACACGAAUCAAAAAAGGAAAUAACCCAUUUUUUGAUGAGAUAUUCUUUUACAAUGUCCACAUGCUUCCCUCAGAACUGUUUGAUGAGCAUAUCAGCAUUCGGGUGUAUGACUCUUCCUCAUUGAGGGCUGACAGUCUCAUGGGUGAAUUUAAGAUCGAUGUCAGUUACGUCUACGACGAACCUGCUCAUGCCAUCAUGAGGAAAUGGCUGCUCCUGAAUGACCCGGAUGAUGCCAGCCAGAGUGCCAGGGGGUACCUCAAAGUUAGCAUGUUCAUCGUGGGAACGGGAGACGAGCCGCCGGUUGAAAACAGGGAGAAAAGUGAAGACCAGGAUGACAUUGAGAGUAACCUACUGUUGCCUGCCGGAGUAACGCUGCGCUGGGUCACGUUGACCCUGAAAGUCUUUCGGGCUGAGGACAUUCCCCAGAUGGACGAUGCCUUUGCACAGACUGUCAAGGAAGUUUUUGGAGGACAGGGUGACAGGAAGAAUCUUGUGGAUCCUUUUGUGGAGGUCAACUUUGCAGGAAAAAAGCUCCGUACAAAAGUAAUUGAGAAGAAUGCAAACCCAGAAUGGAACCAGUUACUAAAUGUCCAGGUCAAGUUCCCAUCUGUGUGUGAACGCAUCAAGCUGAUUGUGUUUGAUUGGGAUCGACUUACGAAGAAUGAUGUGGUAGGAACCACUUACCUAGACCUUACUAAAAUAGCGUCCUCUGGUGGUGAAAUUGAAGACAUAAAGUCGGGAAACGAGGCCUCUCCAGCAUUGGAAGGGAAAACCGGAGAGUCCGAAGUCGGAUUUCUGCCAGCCUUUGGGCCUUGUUACAUCAACCUCUACGGGAGUCCCCGGGAAUUCACUGGGUUUCCUGAUCCAUAUGACGACCUCAAUUUUGGGAAGGGUGAGGGGGUAGCCUAUAGAGGUCGGGUUUUGGUUGAGCUCAUAACACAACUGGAUGGGAAGGUGGACAAGCCUCUGGAUGACAUCCACAGCGAUGACAUUUUGGUGGCACAGAAAUACCAGCGACGGAGGAAGUACUGCUUAUGCGCUGUGUUUCACAGUGCCACCAUGCUCCAGGAGCCUGGGGAGCCCAUCCAGUUCGAAGUCAGCAUCGGUAACUAUGGCAACAAGCUGGACACAACUUGCAAGCCCUUGGCUUCCACCACCCAGUACAGCUGCGCUGUGUUUGACGGUAACCACUAUUACUAUCUGCCCUGGGGUGGCACCAAGCCUGUAGUGGCGAUUACAUCAUUUUGGGAGGACAUAAGUCACCGUUUGGAUGCAGUGAACGUUCUUCUGUACAUCUGUGAGAGACUGCAAUCUAACAUCACUUCGCUGAAGACGGCCAUUCAAGCGAAAGCGCCGGACACUCGUCUCGCCGAGAUCUGGCUCAAACUUGUCAAUCAGGUCAUUGAGGACCUCACGAGCUUCAAGACGCCCGACCUGGAAGGGAUGCCGAACCUGACAGCCCUGGACUUCCAGAUCAAGAAUCUGCGUGACAAAACGGUCUUGGCUAUUCGGGAGGGGGCCAGGACCAUGCUGGAGGAGGCCACGGACGUCAAGGAAGCCCUUUCGGACAUCGAAGGCUGGCUGGAGAAGCUGCAGCAGCUGGCUGAGGAGCCUCAGAACAGCAUGCCUGAUGUGAUCAUUUGGAUGCUCCGCGGGGAGAAGAGAGUGGCUUAUGCAAGAAUCCCAGCCCACCAGGUGCUGUACUCUACCUACAGUGAGCAAGCGUGUGGGAAGUACUGCGGCCGCACCCAGACCAUCCUCAUGCAGUAUCCCAUGGACAAACACAAGGGAUUGAAAGUACCAGUGCAAAUUCGUGCCAAUAUGUGGCUGGGUCUCGGAGCGUAUGAAAAGAAGUUCAACAGCUUUGCCGAAGGCACAUUCAGCGUCUUUGCUGAACUGUACGAAAACCAGGCACAGGUCUUCGGGAAGUGGGGUACCACAGGGCUGGUGAGCCGCCACAAGUUCUCGGACGUGACCGGCAAGCUUAAGCUGAAGCGGGAGUACUUUAUGCCCCCUGUUGGCUGGGAGUGGGAAGGCGACUGGUUUGUGGAUCCAGAGAAGGGGCUGCUGACGGAGGCUGACGCGGGGCACACGGAGUUCACCGACGAGGUCUACCAGAACGAGACGCGCUUCCCUGGAGGGGACUGGAAGGCUGCUGCAGAACCUUACACAGAUGUGAAUGGGGAGAAGGCCCCAAGUCCUUCGGAGUUUGAGUGUUCCCCUGGCUGGGAGUGGGAGGACGACUGGAGCUAUGACAUCAACCGGGCUGUGGACGAGAAAGGGUGGGAGUACGGCAUCACCAUUCCUCCAGAUAACAAGCCCAAAUCCUGGGUGCCGGCGGAAAAGAUGUAUCACGUUCACCGGCGGAAGAGGCUCAUCAGGCGUCGUAAGAAGGUUACGGACGUGCGCGCAACGGCGGAUCAGAAAAAGGACCAAGGGGAUCCGGAAGGCUGGGAAUAUUCCUCCUUGAUCGGCUGGAAGUUCCACAGUAAAGCGCGGCCCUCCGACACAUUCCGACGCAGGCGUUGGAGGAGGCGGAUGGCUCCUGCAGACCGCUUAGGAUCGGCUGCCAUCUUCAAACUAGAGGGGGCGCUGGGGAUUGAUGAAGAGGCCAAAGAAGCCAAAACAGAUGCAUCAACCAUGUUUGGAGCCAACACUCCCACUGUUUCCUGCAUUUUUGGGAAGCCUUACAUAUAUCAUCUCAGGGUCUAUGUUUAUCAGGCUCGAAACCUCAUAGCAAUGGACAAAGACAGUUUUUCUGAUCCUUAUUGCCACGUGUCCUUCCUACACAAGAGCAAAACUACAGAGAUCAUCAAAGCCACCUUGAACCCAACGUGGGACCAGACUCUGAUCUUCGAUAACAUCGAAAUGUAUGGAGAACCUCGAACGAUUGCUCAAAACCCACCCAGCAUUGUUCUUGAAUUCUUCGACAGUGACCAAGUGGGUAAAGAUGAGUCUCUUGGUCGGAGCACGUGCCAGCCCAUGGUGAAGCUAAAUCCGGAGACGGAGGUGUCUCCCAGGCUCCUGUGGUACACCAUCACCCAGAAGGGCAAGAAUGCUGGGGAGGUGCUGCUGGCUGCAGAACUCAUUCUGAAAGACAAGGGAAAGGAGACAGAGAUGCCUAUCUAUCCACCAAAACGAGGUGACAAGCUGUUCAUGGUACCACAGGGGAUUCGUCCUGUAGUGCAGCUCACCGCCAUCGAGAUCCUGGCCUGGGGUUUGCGCAACAUGAAAACCUUUCAGAUGGCCACCGUCACCUCUCCCAGCCUUGUGAUAGAGUGUGGAGGGGAAAUUGUUCAGUCUGCGGUCAUCAGGAACUUGAAAAGGAGUCCAAACUUCCCAGGAUCAGUGCUCUUCUUGAAAGUGCUCCUACCCAAAGAGGAAAUGUACAUGCCUCCCAUCGUGCUGAAAGUGAUCGACCACAGGCCUUUUGGAAGGAAACCUAUUGUGGGACAAUGCACCAUUGAUGAUUUGGAGGAAUUCCGUUGCGACCCCUACACAACCAAAGCAGAAGUGGCCAUGUCCUCUAAAGUGGCUCUAAUGGCAGCAGCCCCUCGCUACACAGUCAUCGAUAUGGAGGACAGGAGGCCACUGCUUCAGUCUCAGAUGGAUGUUGGGCUUAAAGGUGUUCAAAUUCAACAAGAAAAGGAGAAAGAUUCAAUAGACUGGUGGAGUAAGUUCUAUGCUUCUGUUGGAGAACAUGAGAAGUGUGGCCCUUAUCUCAAGAAAGGCUAUGAUUCCCUCAAGAUCUAUGACGCUGAACUUGAAAAUGUGCCUGAGUUCAAAGCCCUGACUGACUUCUGUAACACCUUCAAACUCCAUCGGGGAAAAUUUGAUGAGGAUGAAGAAGAUGUAGCAGUGGUUGGAGAAUUCAAGGGUUCAUUCAGAAUCUACCCUCUGCCGGAUGAUCCCGCCAUUCCGUCACCCCCCCGACAGUUCAGGGAGUUACCCGAGAGCGGGCCUCAGGAGUGCCUGGUCAGGAUUUACAUCGUCCGAGGAAUCGACCUGCAGCCCAAGGACAACAAUGGCCUGUGUGAUCCAUACAUUAAAAUCUCCCUGGGAAGGAAGGUCAUUGAAGACCGAGAGCACUACCGGCCAAACACUCUUAAUCCGGUGUUUGGAAGGAUGUUUGAACUUUCCUGCUUCCUCCCUCAAGACAAAGACCUGAAAAUUUCCAUCUAUGAUUAUGAUCUACUGAGCCGUGAUGAAAAAGUUGGGGAGACAAUGAUUGAUUUGGAGAACCGAUUACUCUCCCGAUUCGGUUCAUAUUGUGGAUUGCCACAGACAUAUUGUGUCUCAGGAAUAAACCAGUGGCGAGACCAGCACAAACCAUCUGAGAUCCUGCUCAACUUGGCCCGCCUAAAAGGCGUUUCUCCACCGGUGAUAAAGGAAGAUGGAAGUGGCCUGUCAUUUAAUGAACACGACUACACCCUGUCUGAAUUCGAGCACAGCAAAGAGAUCCACGAACAUCUGGGUGAACCCAAGGAGAGGAUAGCCCUGCACGUGCUCAGGACACAAGGUUUGGUGCCCGAACACGUGGAGACCAGGACCCUGUACAGCACCUUCCAGCCCACACUCUCUCAGGGGAGGGUUCAGAUGUGGGUCGACGUAUUCCCCAAAAGUCUCGGCGUUCCUGGCCCUCCGUUUGACAUCUCUCCACGCAAACCGAAAAAGUUCUUCCUGCGUGCAAUUGUUUGGAACACGACUGAUGUCAUUUUGGAUGAAACCAGCAUCACGGGCGAGCACAUGAGUGACAUUUAUGUGAAAGGCUGGAUGCCAGGAAUGGAGGACGACAAGCAGAAGACUGAUGUCCACUACAGGUCCCUGGAUGGAGAUGGCAAUUUUAACUGGAGAUUUGUCUUUGGAUUUGAGUAUCUUCCUGCCGAACAACUGUGCCUUGUUUCCAAAAAAGAACAUUUUUGGAGUCUUGACAAAACCGAGUUCAGGAUUCCACCAAAGUUAAUUCUUCAGAUAUGGGACAACGAUAAAUUCUCAUUGGAUGACUACUUGGGCACUGUUGAGCUGGACUUGCUGCACCUGGUUUCCCCUGCUAAGACGCCGGAGAAGUGCAAGCUGGAGAUGAUGGAAAUGACCUCUCCGAAAGACCACAGGACCACCUCACUUUUCGCUCAGAAAUCUGCCCGGGGCUGGUGGCCGUGUGCGAUGGAACAGAAUGGAAAAAAAAUUCUUGGGGGGAAAGUAGAAAUGACUCUGGAAAUUGUGAACGAGACCGAGGCAGAUGAGAGACCCGCUGGGAAGGGAAGAGAUGAACCCAACAUGAACCCGAAGCUGGAUGCUCCAAAGCGGCCAGAAACCUCUUUCUUCUGGUUCACAAAUCCAUGCAAGACCAUGAAAUUCAUUGUGUGGCGCCGAUUUAGGUGGAUCUUCCUCGGGCUGAUCUUGCUUGUGCUCGUGCUGCUCUUCUUCGCAAUUAUGCUCUACUCCCUCCCGAACUACAUCUCAAUGAAAAUUGUCAAACCAUGAAUUAUCCCAAUAAGCCCUGCUGCCCCCAUUCCCACGGCACUGCAGGCAUCACGCGGUGUGAGGACCUGCAUCUUCUCCAUGAUGUCUUCUUGGACGGGGCCAUUGUUAAAACCCAUACAAUAAUCAUUCAUUUCGUUCAUCCUUACUCUUUUUUUUUUUUUUUUUUGCAAGGAAAUUGAAGAAAUAUUGCUUUACAUCAUUGUCAUUUUCCAGUUUGUAUAAUGGACCGUUUUGAAAUUAAGCAACGUUGUGUAUUAAGGAUUUAAAGAGAGAACACGGAGUCACAGGUUGAAUGUGUGAAUAUUUGCAUGGCACAGUAGAACUUACAGUUUCAUGGAUUUUGGUUGUGGUAUCUGUACAGGCUUUUAGAUGAUAUAUUUAGACAACAUGUUCCAGAUGUUUGAGGAGGUUAAAAGAGAAACUGAUUUUUUCACAUUUUCCAUUAAAGUCUUAAGGUGCCACUUCA